AUGACCGGCCCCAACACCUACAUCCUCUACCACAACCAGACUCCCAUCGCAAAACAUCGAGGCGCUCCACAACCUUCUGGCGGCCUCGUCCAGCCUUCGGAUCGCGAUGACCAGUCCAUGGCGAUGUCUACGCCCGUCGUGCCUGCUUCGUCACGCCGAGACAGGUCCUCUUCUGCCGCGUCGAGCGACCGCGCAUCACUCUACUCCCGCAUGUCUGGACGUCCUGCAGACGACACCUCCAUGCAAGUCGCUAACGAUGACGACGACGAGAACCACAUCGCUGCGGAUCCAAGCACACAUGCUGCAGGAGCUCCCCUCAGCGAUGCAGACGACCAGAGCCACGCUGGACUUAUGGCGCAUGACGAUGCUGGAUUCGAUUCCGACUCGGAUCAAGGCGACCUUGACGCCAUGCAAGCUCACAACACCUCUACAAUGCUGCCACACGAGGAAGCCGACGGGGAAGACGAGAGCAUCGGCGUAAGCGGCGACAUCUCGUCCAUGAGCGACGUCUCGCGCAGCUUUGCCGACGAAUCGGCUGCAGAUGUGCACGCCGACAUCACCCGUGCGCCCAGCGAGCAAGAUCUCGCUGUCGACACUUCAGCCAGCUCAGAGGAACUUUCGGACGUCAAUGCAGACCAUGCUGGAGAUGAUCAAGAUGACCCCUCCAUGGUCGAGGAUGCAGAGACCAGCAUCGUGGCAGCCGACAUGAGCGUCGCCAUCGAGGAGGACGACGAUGCGGGUCCGGCAGGAACCUCCCUCGACGAGCAAGACGUCAGCAUCGCAGCUCCUAACCUGAGUACCUCCGUCGAGGAAGCGGUCGAUGUCCAGUCUGCCGAGCGGUCUCAAGACGAACAAAGAGCCAAUGCUGAUGCCUCGCAGAGCAUCGACCGAGACGCCUCGGCAGACGGCAAUGUCGAUGCUUUGGCAGACGCCAGCA